AUGCCCUGUCACACGAAAAACUUCACGAAUGACAGGGCGCUUGCAAUCUGCAACAAUUUUUUUGUGAGAAAAGUGGCAGCCGAAAAGUCUACGUGUAACAAGGCCUUAAGCCCAACACAACCAAGCCCUACACUUUCAAGCCGCACACAUACCAAGUCCCACACUACCAGCCCCGCACUAUCAAGCCCCGCACUACCAAACCCCACACUACCAAGCCCCACACUACCAAGCCCAAAACUAUCAAACCCCAAACCCCAAGCUACCAAGCCCCGCACUACCAAGCCCAAAACUACCAAACCCAAAACUACCAAACCCCGCACUACAAGACCCAAACUACCAAGCCCCACACUACCAAGCCCCACACUAUCAAGCUCUAAACUACCAAGCCCAAAACUACCAAGCCCCACACUAACAAGCCCUACACCACCAAGCCCCGCACUAUCAAGCCCCGCACUACCAAGCCCCACACUACCAAGCCCUGCACUUACCAGCCCCACACUACCAAGCCAAAAACUACCAAGCCCCAAACUACCAAGCCCCACACUACCAAGCCCCGCACUACCAAGUCCCCCACAACCAAGCCCAGCACUACCAAGCCCUACACUAUCAAGCCCCGCACUACCAAGCCCCAAACUACCAAGACCCGCACUACCAAGCCCCGCACUAACAAGCCCCACAGUAACAAGCCCCACACUACCAAGCCUUACACUACUAAGCCCCGCACUACCAAGCCCCGAACUACCAAGCCCCACACUACCAAGCUCCACACUAUCAAGCUCUACACUACCAAGCCCCAAACUACCAAGCCCCACACUAACAAGCCCUACACCACCAAGCCCCGCACUACCAAGCCCCCCACUUCAAAGCUUCAAACUACCAAUCCCUCACUAUUUAGCCCCGCACUACCAAGCCCCGCACUACCAAGCCCCACAAUACCAAACCCCGCACUACCAAGCCCCACACUACAAAACCCCGCACUACCAAGCCCUGCACUUACCAGCCUCACACUACCAAGCCCCAAACUACGAAGCCCCACACUACCAACCCUCGCACUACCAAGCCCCACAAUACCAAGCCCCGCACUACCAAACCCAACACUACCAACCCCACACUAUCAAGCCCCGCACUACCAAGCCCCACACUACCAAGCCCUGCACUUACCAGCCCCACACUACCAAGCCCCAAACUACCAAGCCCCACACUACCAAGCCCAGCACUACCAAGUCCCCCACAACGAAGCCCCGUACUACCAAGUCCCCGACAACGAAGCCCCGUACUACCAAGCCCCAAACUACCAAGACCCGCACUACCAAGCCCCGCACUAACAAGCCCCACAGUAACAAGCCCCACACUACCAAGCCUUACACUACCAAGUCCCGCUCUACCAAGCCCCGAACUACCAAGCCCCACACUAUCAAGCUCUACACUACCAAGCCCCAAACUACCAAGCCCCACACUAACAAGCCCUACACCACCAAGCCCCGCACUACCAAGCCCCCAACAACCAAGCCCCAAACUACCAAGCCCCAAACUACCAAGCCCCACACUACCAAGCCCCACACUACCAAGCCUCAAACUACCAAGCCCUACACCACCAAGCUCCGCACUACCUAUCCCCGCACUAUCAAGCCCCGCACUAACAAGCCCCGCACUAUCAAGCCCCGCACUACCAAGCCCCACAUUUCCAAGCCCCACACUAUCAAGCUCUACACUACCAAGCCCCAAACUACCAAGCCCCACACUAACAAGCCCUACACCACCAAGCCCCGCACUACCAAGCCCCCCACAACCAAGCCCCAAACUACCAAGCCCUACACUACCAAGCCCAACACUACCAAGCCUCAAACUACCAAGCCCUACACCACCAAGCCCCAAACUAACAAGCCUUACACUACCUAG